GUUAGAGUGGCAGUGAUAGCUAAGGUUCCAGGAGGGUCACGGCCCUUUGUUCGUUCCGAAAAUCAGUCUGUCCUCACAGGUUCAUCACUUUGUCUCUUGCAGGGCAGACUGACUUGUCUGGAAAGUCACACGUAAAUCUCUUUAUUAGUUUAGUAGUUCAAAUGGCUCCUUGUUUGCAGUGUAAAUCUGCUGUCUGGCUCUUCCUUCAGAUCAGUUCAGCUUAAUGUUCACCGCAGUCACUCACCGUAACCUUCAGUUUGAAUCCUGUGUCAGAAAUGUUUCUGUUUGUGCCCCAGCAGCAGCCAUAGGAAUACAAAAUCGAUCGCAAGCUGUGGAUAGAAUAUUCCACAGCAAAGCACAUACAGGGCUGCUGCGAUGCGCCAGCUUUCUGAGACUUGCAAGGCUCCGGCAGAACUCGAGCCUGGCACCACAGCAGUCUUCAUGUGCCCACCUGCACAAGUUGCCUGGGGCACCAAGCCGCUAGCCAUGCAGAAAGAAUGUGUCCCCCUGUGCAGUGCAGUGUGUGUGCUUGCUCCAGCCGGGUCAGCACCAAGGGGAUGUGGAGGAGCUGUGAGCCAGCUCCCCCACUACCACCACGCGUGCACACACCCACCCAAGGACAGUACCUACAGCUUAGGGUGGUCUCCCUGGUAAGUGCAGAGGGGCAGCCCAGGGGAGGAGGGCACAUGGCUGGGGUGUUCCAUUACCUGGCUAACUCAGUGGGCCUUGCUGGCAGCAAAAGGCAGUUCCAGCCAAGGCACAAGUUAGAGCAGCCUCUGAGGGUUAGGGGGGUAUGUGGGUCCCCUUGUCUGUCCUGCACUGGGCUCCGCACUAGCUCCGGGAAGAACUGGGCCAGCAGUGCUUAGCACGAAAAGGCUUUCCUGUCCGUCAGACUCCCUGCUCCUUAGGGAGAGUUCCCCUGGGAUGACAAGAACUUUGUCUACCUGGCUGUCAUGGGGGCCGGCGCUGCCGUGGGAUUCCUCUAUUUUUUUUGGCGAGAUCCUGGCAGAGAAAUCAACUGGAAGCAUUUUGUCCAUUACUACUUGGCUAGAGGAUUGGUGGACCGUCUGGAAGUGGUGAACAAACAGUUUGUGCGCGUGGUCCUCGUGCCGGGUGUGAGCUCGGAGCAGAGGUACGUCUGGUUUAACAUCGGCAGCGUGGACACAUUUGAACGGAACCUGGAGACUGCCCAGCUGGAGCUGGGAAUGGAAGGCACCCAGCAGGUGGCAGUGAUUUACGCCAGGGAGAGUGAUGGCACAUUCCUCAUGAGCAUGGUGCCCACUCUGCUGCUGGUUGGCUUCCUUCUGGUCACUCUGAGACGCGGGCCAAUGGGAGCCGGGCGUGGAGGACGAGGGGGCGGGCUCUUCAGUGUUGGCGAGACAACGGCCAAGAUCCUGAAAGACAACAUUGACGUGCAGUUCCGAGACGUGGCCGGCUGCGAGGAAGCCAAGCUGGAGAUCAUGGAGUUCGUGAACUUCCUGAAAAACCCCAAACAAUACCAAGACCUGGGCGCCAAGAUCCCAAAGGGCGCUGUGCUCACGGGCCCGCCAGGCACCGGGAAAACCCUCCUGGCCAAAGCGACGGCGGGAGAAGCCAAUGUUCCCUUCAUCACGGUGAACGGCUCGGAGUUCCUGGAGAUGUUUGUGGGUGUGGGGCCUGCCCGAGUUCGGGACAUGUUUGCCUUGGCCCGCAAACAUGCCCCCUGCAUCCUGUUCAUCGACGAGAUCGACGCCGUCGGCCGGAAGCGGGGCCAGGGAAACUUCGGGGGCCAGAGCGAGCAGGAGAACACCCUGAACCAGCUGCUGGUCGAAAUGGACGGGUUCAACUCCAGCACCAACGUGGUGGUGCUCGCAGGAACAAAUCGCCCAGACAUUCUGGACCCUGCGCUGAUGAGACCAGGGCGCUUUGACCGUCAGAUUUACAUCGGUCCGCCUGAUAUCAAAGGCAGAGCAUCCAUCUUUAAGGUCCACCUCCGGCCCCUGAAACUGGAGGAAAGCAUCAGCAGAGAUGCCCUGGCCAGGAGAUUGGCUGCAUGGACUCCAGGAUUCACUGGUGCGGACAUCUCCAACGUCUGCAACGAGGCUGCCUUGAUUGCUGCUCGCCACUUGAAGCCCUCUGUCGCCGAGAAGCACUUUGAGCAGGCCAUCGAGAGAGUCCUUGGGGGUCUUGAGAAGAAGACCCAGGUUCUGCAGCCGAACGAGAGGACCACAGUGGCCUAUCACGAAGCUGGGCAUGCGGUGGUGGGAUGGUUCCUGGAGCACGCUGAUCCCCUGCUGAAGGUGUCGAUCAUCCCCAGGGGCAAGGGGCUUGGCUACGCGCAGUACCUGCCCAAGGAGCAGUACCUGUACACCAAGGAGCAGCUGUUCGAUCGCAUGUGCAUGAUGCUGGGCGGCAGGGUGGCUGAGCAGCUGUUCUUUGGGCGCAUCACCACAGGCGCUCAGGACGACUUGAAGAAGGUGACACAGAGCGCCUACGCCCAGAUUGUCCAGUUUGGGAUGAGUGACAAGCUGGGCCAGGUUUCCUUCGACCUCCUGCAGCAGGGUGAGCUGCUCACAGAGAAACCAUACAGCGAGGCGACGGCCCAGCUAAUAGACGAGGAGGUCCGAAGCCUCAUCAACUCUGCAUACGAAAGAACCUGGGACCUACUGACACGGUGUCACGACCAGGUGGAGAAGGUAGGAAAGCGUCUCUUGGAGAAAGAAGUGCUGGAGAAAGCGGAUAUGGUUGAAUUGCUGGGCCCCAGGCCGUUCGCAGAGAAAUCCACCUAUGAGGCGUUUGUAGAGGGCACCGGGAGCUUGGACGAAGACACCUCCCUCCCGGAGGGCCUGAAGGACUGGAACUGUGAGAGAGAGGAGAGACAGGAGGAGAGAGUGCAGGAGAGCACCUCCUAGCAGUGGGAGCCAGCUGGGCAGGAUGGUGCCCGAACUGCUGCCAGCCCUUGCUGCUGGAUAGGCACCAGCUUCCAGGGACCCUUUCUAUGGGCGUCUCCCAGUGGUAAUGAUGACACCAGACAGAGCCAUCCAGGGGAGCAGGAGCGAGGCUAAGUCUGUAAAUAGGAAGAGCAGGCCAGGCCCCGCUCUGCUGUGGGAGGGCUGGUGCACUGGCUUUCCCUCUGAAAGCUGCAGGUCCCGCUCUCUCCUCUCCCCAGGGCCAGCCUGGGUCUGACUGGCUGACAGGAGGGCUCUGGCCACUCCCGGUCACAAGUGCCUGUUCCCACUGGCGGGACAGCAGCUGCUUUACUGGUGCUCAUGGCCCAGUCUCCGUGGGCCUGUUCAGUCUGUGUAGGGGUGUGCUCCUGCCAGCAGCUGUCCCAAAGCCAGGAGGGUGCUGGAGGGGCUCCCCAGCCAUGGGGCAGAGGCUGGGAGCCCAGGCAAGCAGCAGGGUGAGCUGUCCAGGAGCCAGCUCUCGUUUGACCAGCACCUCUGUCCAGGAUGCGGUUACUCUAGUGCUACCACAGCAUCCUCCCCAGCUGUAACGCCCAGCCCGGCACAAAGGGGGCCAAGGGUCCCAGGCCAUGUGAAAAGAGCCAAGGCCAAAGCUUUUCCCGCCCUCUCCAGGCGGAGGGGAGGGUGCGCAGCCGGGGGAAGAUCCUCCCCUCCGAGUUCCUGUCCUCAGUGCCUUCCAUUCCAUCCAGCCUUUGCAGCUUUGCUCCAGUGCAGUCCUGCUUUGCCCUCGGAUCCCUGUACACGGGCAGUGUCUAGGAGACGAGCCCGAACAAGUCCAAAGAUCCUUUCAGAGCAGUGGCCACACGGGCCUGGUAGAAAGCGCAAGCCUGGGGGCAGUCCCUGCAGUGCUACGCUGGGAAAGGCCCCCCCUUCACCCGAGGCAACCGGCUCCGCAGUGGAAAUGGGCUAACAAAAUGGUGCUAAUGGAGUGGUGCUGCAGUGGGCUCUGCCCCCUGGCCUGCCCGCCCUGUCGGAUGUUGGCAGGAGUAACUCCGGCCCUGUGGGACUCGGGGAGUCGUGGGACAGUGUGGGGCGCUGGUAGCCAGAAGCUCCCCCAGCUCUGAGCCGUUCUGGGGGGUUGUAACUGGCUGUGCGAGUUCCUGGGGGCCUGGCAGUGGUUCUCUUGGCCUGGGGUGUCUUUAUGGCACCUAUAGCCGUGUAUCAAAGCAGGGUAGCUGUUGGCCCAGACAUGCCUGGUGUGCGUCCAGCUCUGUCCUGAGUUAGCUUCUCUCUGAGCUUGGUGUUCCUAGCUCACCCCAAUGGGGGGAGGGAAGCCUCACUUCUAUUCCUUGUGUGCAUCGAGUCUGUACCCUGCUGUUUCCUCAUACCCAGGGCGAGGGGUUCACUGGGCCGUGCCUACCUUGCAUGCACCCUCGUUCCAUGCAGGGUCUGAGCCAUGGCCUGGCUGCAGCACUGCUCUGGCAUGGCGGAGCUUUGCGUUUGGGCCCCGUGCAGCAUCCCUGCAAAGGGCAUUUCUCUGCCACCGGCGGGCUCCUGAGGGAGCAGCAUUCAUGCUGCAAGGGCUGUGAGGGGAGGGGCAUCUGCAGCAAACCCAGACCAUACCUCCAGUGCAGUUCAGAAGGUGACGUUUUAGUAAUGGGAGGAAGCUUUGCAUAUGGCCUGUCCCCCCAGCACGCUGGCCUUCCCAGCCCCUGGGCCGUGGUGCACGGCUCCUGCCUCGCCAGCCCCUCGGCCAGGAUCACACCUGACAGAGUGCAGCAUCUCUGCUGCUGGUGGAGCCUGCUCCAGCCAGGCCGCUGCAUGGCUGAUGAGCUGCCUUCCCUGCAGCCAUCGGGGUUUGGGCUUCGGAGUCCCUUUCCUCCCCUUUCACCAAGGCAAAUGCAGACAGCACAACCCCUGCUCUUUUACACUGACAUCCCCCUCUGCCUGGUCUAGUCACUUCCCCUGGCCACAGUGUGGGGGCAAGCUCAGCCAUUCAAGCCUGGGAGCAUAUUCUAGCCUUCUUGGGCUUAGGAAUUAAAGGCCCAGUUCCCUCCUUACCUCCAGCACCCACUGUCUAGGGGCAGAGCUGGGCAUAUCUAUGUUGGGGGGUGUGUGGAGGGGAGCACUGAGUCUGAGAGCCUGGGUCAGCUGACUCGGGCUGGUGCUAUGGGGCUAAAACUACCAGUCUAGAUGUGCCAGGCUCUGAAACCCAGCGACUGGCCUAGCAGAAAUGCCCUCCUGGGGCUGGGUGCCUGUUGCCGGCUCAGAUACAGUAUGAAGCACUUCUGGGUAGUGCCAAGCCAGCUGCUGUGCAGCCAGGAACCUGUCCUCCCUUCUCUGGAGUGUAGGCCUGUUUCAGCAAGAACCCAGCCCCAGUGGAGGCAGUGACUUGAUCUGGACAGCUAUGAAGAGUGCUUUGUGUGCUCCCCGUGUGACUGCAGCUUGCCCAAUACUGGGACUUCAGUAACCAGCCCCAGGCUGUGCUGCCUCAGAGUGCUUUUGUAACCAGUAUUUGACUCGUAACACCUGCAGAGCGCCAGGCAGGUCUUGCCUCCAGAAGCCAGAGACACAUGGGUUGGCUCAGCAGUGCCCUUCCAGAAGUGUUCAGCGUUUGUAUCACCCCGAUAGGGGUGUGCUCUGUUGGCUAAGCAGCUACAGUCAAAUCUGGUACCCUGCAGCUCUCCUCUGACUAGCGCCUGCGGAAAAGGCCCUGGCUUUCUCAGCAGAGCUGCCCACUGUUUGUUUGACAUGGGAUCUGCUACCUGGUGGUGAGAAAAGCAUUUACUGCCUUUGACACCUGCUGGACCAGGGAGCACAUUGUCCUAAGUGCUGGGCACGAAACUCAGUCUGUUACGCCACUGGAAGCCGCAGGCCUGCGCCGAUGACACAAAAGCCAUAAUGUGAAGGCAGAGGGACUACAUGACUGGUGUUAAUGUAUCUGGGAGACCCUUCAUUCCUGUGGCUGAUGAAGGGAAGACGACGGCUUGAUGUUCAGAUUCCGGGCUGAGUUUGGGGCACUGGCAAUUAGACAAUUCAGGCCUUUGCUUGUAAAUGGAGCCCUCUGAUCUGGACUCAUCACCCAUAAACAUGAGCCCCUUGGUGACAUCACCACCCCACUGCCUUCUUUUCCAGCGGUGCCCUUCAGGUAGGGAGCAAGGAGGGAAGGAGACGAUGAAGCGGACUCUCUUAGUGUUUAUAAUAUAUUUCCUCUCACAUGGUGGACCUGGCGUAGCAGUAUGUGCUUGGGAGGGGGAAGACAGCACGAAGGAAAACCAGCUUUGUCAUCUCUGGCGAUCCAGCCCCCCUUUCCCACUGCCCUGGGCCCAGCUUGAUAACCGUAGAGUUGUGAUUUCUAAUGCAGGGUGCCAAAUAAACCAAACCCCACUGUGUGGUGAGGGAUCAU